CCGUAUUUUACUGUAGCGUUCAUAAACAGUGAAGUCAGUGCCCGAUCCCUUCCGACUGCUCGAUCCGUUCUGCGCAUAUGCGGGAACGCCUACCCAGAAAGCCUGCAGAAAGACCCGCCCCCUACUCUGCCUCUGAUUGGCUACUUGCUGCUUAACCUUAGCCUAGCUAUGAUGCUAACCGGUGCUUCGAACUAACGCUAGAUAAGCCGGGUAGCAGCGACUCUUCCACGGCAGCUCACGUUUCUGUUCCCAUAGUCUGAAGAGAGGCCACCCGGUCUGAAGAAUGGUUGUUUGUAUCUUUACGAACCCUCUUUUUAAAAUGUAUUUGACGUCUCAUUUAUUUGACGUCACGACUUCCAACAGCUGAUCGUCAGUCGUCAACUAUGCGCCACGAGUUGACAACACACACAGCACGAGUUUCACCUUGUUGUGAACGUCGUUGGACACGAAGACAGUCAGCCUCGAACAACACCAGCGACCUGAGAUGCCAAAAUAUUGUUCUGCCCCAAACUGUAAGAAUGACUCCGGCAGCGACAGGAAGAGCUUCUACAAGUUCCCUCUCCAGGACCCGGUCCGGCUGCAGCAGUGGCUGAGCAACAUGCGGCGCGGCAACUGGACUCCCUCUCGGCACCAGUAUAUUUGCCACGAGCAUUUUGUGCCGUCGUGCUUCAAGGUGCGAUGGGGGAUCCGUUACCUCGAGAGCGACGCUGUGCCCACAGUGUUCCAGGAGGCUGAGAAACGGAAAGCGGCGGAUCCCAGCGAGAGGACGCCGAAGCGGCUUCGCGCCACCGGCGACCAAAGCGAAACGGAGUCAGGUGACGGGACGCUGGCUGUCGACGCCGUGGAGACGGAAAGCGAAGCGACGCACACCGUGCACCUGUACGAGAUCACCGUGGACCCAUCGCAGCAGGGAGAAACCGGCCGGCUGGAUGCGAGUGAUGCCGGGGAAUCUGACCUGGCGUCAGUGAUGGAGAUCAAAACGGGGCAGAGUUUCCCUUUUACUUUACUCCAGACGGUUAAUGCUCUGAGUAACAGCGGGGAGGUGGUCGUGAUGUCCGAGUGCCCCGCCGGCGAGGGCCAGGAUGAGCUUCUGAACGGAAUCACCGCUGCCAUCUUCACUCAGGGCCACGGGCUGGUGAGUGAAGACGUGAGCAGCGCCGCGGAGGAGCCCUCGGACCCCCGCGAAACACAAGUCAUCACCUACUUCGAGACCAUCCCGAAUGUUUUCCCCGGUGAGGCCGCCGCCCAGCUCAGCGUGUGCCCGGACACGGUGCUGUCGUCCGCUCUGAGCUCCAAGCCCAUCACGUCCACUCUGCCCAUAGUGUCCAAGCACACGCCGCCCUCCCCGACGUCCCUGGUCCUCACCGUGGAAAGGCUGGACACGGACGAGGGAGAGGGGGACGACGGCACGUGGGAGGAGGGCGACGGCGUGGAGCUCCUGGAUCGCCAGCUGGAGGAGCACUGCUACCACAAGAGCAGUCUGAGCAAGGAGCAGCUGGAGGCGAUCGUGGCCGAGCUGCAGAAGAAGGUGAAAGUGCUGCAGCAGCGCCACCGCCGCCACCUGGAGAAGCUGCUGGGCCUGGAGAGCACGGUGAGCCAGCUGAGGCAAAGCAACCUGCUGAACGAGGAGCGCCUGCAGCUGCUGGAGCGGGCUUACAUACAGACCAGCGCAGCGGUGUCGGAUGCCGGGGGGACCGUGACCAUCAUCUACGAAGAGGACGAUGCUGCGUACUUGUACACUCCGCUGAUCACCGCCAACGAGAAGCUGUGAGACUGACCGUCUGCCGCCCUCGGGGCCAGUCAGGGCCCAUGUCGUUGAAAACAAAACGCUACCUAGUUUUUUUUUUUUUUUGUUUUUUUUUUGUCUCCUAACAAAUUGUAUGAAACGUGUUGUCGGAUCUGCUGUGAGCUUUGCACAGAUAUGGAUGAGUAAUAUGGGACGGUGUUGAAUGUGUUCUCUACGCCUCCCCUCCUUCCUCCAACCACUUUUUGUUUGACUUGUAACGUAUUUUUUGUUUGUGAUGAUAAACAUAUCCAAUUAAAAAAUAACUUUCAUUGAGGUUUGUGCUUCACUUCUACAGUUUAUGUACAUUUUAGCUUUCAAAAA